AUGGUGUACGGUAAGGGAAGUUUCUUCGUCAUCUGCACACUGCUGCUUAUUUGCUGCAGUUUGCUGGAAUGGACCGAGGCUCGGUGCCAUUCUCCUAGCGAAGAGGUCGGUCGACGCCUGCACGGUUUCAGGGAGCGCCAACAUGGCAUGCCUAAGCAUAUAAGACGCAAACCGUGGGAGAUGGGAUUGGGCAUCUACAAGGAAGGAGACAUCAUGGAGAAACCCGCCCGCCAGCGAAAUGGCAUUGCCCUAACGGUGUCUCCCAAUGCCCGCUGGCCCAACGCGAUAGUGCCGUACGUCAUCUCUCCGACGGCCUUCACUGCCGCCCAGCGUGCGAUCAUCCUGGAAGGAAUGAAGCAGUUUGCCACCAACACGUGCGUGCGGUUUGUGCAGCGCACCACGCAAUCGCUAUACAUAACGAUCGACAGCACGGCGACGGGAUGCUGGUCCUACGUAGGACGCUCCUCAACCAAUACCUACAACCAGGUAAACCUUCAGGCUUCCGACUGCGUGGACGUCGGUACCGUCACGCAUGAAUUGAUGCACGCGAUCGGUUUCUAUCAUGAGUUCACGCGACCCGAUCGUGACAGCUAUGUGACGAUCGAUCGUACUGCACUAGCAGCAGCAUACCGGACCCAAACAUUCUACAACGAAAAUUUCGCCAAGAUGGCCUAUGCGGAUGUCGUACUGUAUGGCAGACCGUACGACUACGGCAGUGUGAUGCACUACUCGAAGUAUGCGGCUGCGGCCAGCAACAACCGCCCGGUCAUGAACAACAUCCAACCGUGGACCGGAGAUUUCGGAAACGAUAAUGGGCUCUCGGCGGCCGAUAUUAUCGACAUCAACUAUAUGUACUGCAAUGCGACUUCAACCACGACGCAGGCAACCACAACGACUACUACGGCAUCGGUAACAACCACAACGAACGCAGCAGUUUCAACCACGACUGUUAGGGGAGCAACUUCGACUACUAUACCAUUUACAACCACGACUGUUAGGGGAACGACAUCGACGGCCGUACCAGUUAUAACCACGACUGUUAGACAACGACAUGGCCCUCACGACCACCACCACCAUCACCACCACCACCAUUAUUAA